UCCAGCGCUCCUGUCUCUGGGUUUAUCUUUCUGUCUCAUCCAGCUGCAAAACAUACGUGCCAUUUCUCUUCUUCUGCUUCUGUUAAGUGAUAAGCACACUCUUUCAAAUUCAUUAAUAUAUAUAUUAUUUUAUUUGUUUAGUUCUAACUUUUAGGAGAUAAGGACUACCAAGUCGUGCAAGUCCCGACUUGGUUUUCUUUUCUUCUUAUCACACUCUGAGACGGAGAGAGGGGGAGAAGAGAGAGAGAGAGAGAGAGAGAGGAUGUUGGUAGGCAAAGCUCUUAUAGAGGACACAGACAUGCCAGUGAAGAUGCAGCUGCAAGCCAUGGCAGCUGCUUCUGAAGCUCUGGAUCUUCACGAUGUCUUUGAUUGCAGAUCUAUAGCUUCCCACAUCAAAAAGGAGUUUGGCAUGAGAUAUGGAUGUGGUUGGCAAUGUGUGGUGGGAUCAAAUUUUGGGUGUUUCUUCACUCACUGUAAAGGAACUUUCAUAUGCUUUACACUUGAGAAUCUCAGCUUCUUAAUCUUCAAAGGGGAUUCUUCUUCCUCCUCCCCCUCCUCAUCCAAAAGCUAACACACUGUUUGGCAGCAAAGAAAAGAAAAGAAAAGAAAGUUGGAGAGAUCCAGGAAGGCAGAGAGAUGUAGAAAAAUAUACAGAAUGUGCCCACGUAGCUAUUAGCUUGCUAGCUCGGCUAGGUAGGAGUUUUGUGAUCAACAACUUCGUAAUGCUCUUCUAUGCAAUAGCUUUUUAGCAUUUAUUCAUUGAUACCCAGUCCCAUAAUUGAAUCUUUGAUUUAGGGUCUGUUUGUCUGGAAUUUGGCAGCGAUUCAUGCGUUUUUCUGUGAAAUUUUCAGGGUAAAAUUUGAGUUUA